CUUGAUAACUUUCUUGUUCAGUUCCGCUUCCGACAAUCUAUGUACGAGCUUCGCUGCUUACUGCCGCAAUUCGAUGCCUGGAACCGGAGUUUGAGUGUCCGUCGGAAUCUCGAGUCUAUCAGGUGAUACGGCUCUCUCUCUUCCUUGGAAAUCUCGCGAGCUCGAACUCGAGAAAUUGUCUUCUUUGAUUCGUUCCUAGGGUUUGUUAGAAUAGUCGAAUCUAGGGUUAGGGUUUUAGGGUUUUGUUAGAUUUAGAGUCUGGGCGAUGAAAGGAAGGUCACACCACGAGGAUUGGGUCGAUGGAUCUUGGACUGUAGAUUGCGUUUGCGGUGUGAAUUUCGAUGAUGGAGAAGAGAUGGUCAAUUGCGAUGAUUGCGGGGUUUGGGUUCAUACUCGCUGCUCUCGUUACGUUAAAGGAGAGGAGCUUUUCACUUGCGACAAGUGUAAGAGAAAGAACAACAAGAACAACGUUGAUGAUGAUAUCGAAGAGACCGAGGUUGCUCAGUUGUUGGUUGAGCUGCCUACCAAGACCUUGAGAAUGGAGAGCUCGUGUACUCGGAAUGUGCCUGUUAAGCGUCCUUUUAGGUUAUGGACUGAGAUCCCGACGGAAGAGAAGGUUCAUGUGCAAGGGAUCCCGGGUGGUGAUCCGGCCUUCUUUGGAGGUUUGUCGUCGGUUUUCUCACGGGAGCUGUGGAAGUGUACUGGUUAUGUGCCUAAGAAGUUUAACUUCAAGUAUAGAGAGUUUCCAUGCUGGGAUGAGGAUGAGGUUGAGAAUGGGUGUCAGGAAGAAAACGGCGCUGGAGUUUUGUUUUCUAUGUCGAAGGAGAGUUUGAUCGCUGCUCCCGCGAGUGCUUUGGUUGCAAUGAGGAGUGUUGAUGAUAAAGGAACCACAAAUGACCUGGACUCUGGGGAAGCUGAGAUGAAACAUUCUCAGAGUGCUGUGGAGAAGGAUAAGAGGUUGCUUCGUCCCUUGAUAACGAGUAAGCGAAGAAAAGAACUGUUUGGAGCUUCUAAAGAGCGGAUGAAGAAGAAGGUCGAAAUUGCUGACAAAGAAGAGGAGGAUGAUAAGAAAGCAGUUCGACCAGCAAGUGGUUUUAAACCAUCAGAAUCAGAUGGUUUAAGUAGAGACUGUGGGAUCGCAAAGAAUGAUAAGUCAAAGAAAGCUGCGUUUGAAGAAUCUAUUGAUGGUGGGCUUGGCGAGGGUGAAUCUGGUAAUUCAGAAAUUGGUGUUGAAUGCUCCAAAGAACAGAAUCUUUCUGACGUUCAUGCUAAUGGUGCUGGAAAACAGGAAGAGAAAGCUGGCCAUCAUUUCCGAAUUGUGCUUAAGAGCUCUGCUACUGAAGAUUCUUCCGUCCCAGCAAGAAAAGAUGUUACACACAAUGAAGCUGAUAAGGCAGAUGAGAGACAAGGUACAAUAGCUGCUACUCCAGGAGAUAAUGCAGUUGAUUCGCCUGAAAGUUCCCAGAAGCCUUCUUCUGCUUCUACACGAGAUGCUGAAGAGAAAAAUUGUGAUGCUGUCAGUGGUAAAAUCAGUUCAAGGAAGAACCAAGUCCAAAAAGAAAUUGUGGAGACUGGUGCUGGUGGAGCUGUAGGGCAGCAGAUUCUGGAGUAUAACAAAAUGACACAGAGCAGUUCACUUCCUCCUCCUGAACCGCACCCUGUUGAUAUGAUAUCAGAAAGAACUACUGACUUAAAACGAGAGGUGUUGGUUUCGGAAGCAGAGAAAAAUAGUCUGGAAACAAAGCCCGGAUCUAGUGUACUUGAAGAGCCGUCAAAGCCAUGCAGACCUGUUCCGCACACGUUUUCAGUAUAUAGCAGGCCUAAGAUGGUAGUCAGCAUUGGGAAAUCAUCGUCUAGUUCAGCCACGGAAAAGUCACCUAAGCCCUCCUUUACUUCCAGGAACUCCAUACCUCCCUCCAAGCAACAACCAAGUGACGGUGAUGAAAACGCUAAUACUAAUGAUGAGGACUGUGUUUCCAGUGAUGCGAUCCGAGAGAGAGAUGGGGAUGAUGAGAAAUCUCUGAAAGAACAUACUAAAUCGAUGCAGCAGAGCCGCGCUUCUCAUUCUUCAGUUUCCAAGACAAGAGACUCUUCCUCUUCCCUAAAGGCAUCUCCAGCAGCUCGGCUUAAUGGUGGCUCUUCUGAGGCUUCUGGUAAACAUUCGCUCUCAGGGACCUUCCAGAAAAAUGACCCUAUGCAGUCUAUAACCGAUGAAGAGCUUGCGUUAAGACUGCACCAUCAACUCAACAGUUCUCCACGAGUCCCUCGUGUCCCACGCAUGAGACAGCCCGGUAGCUUAGCCCUGUCUCCAACCGCUACUAGUUUUAAGCGCACCUGUAGUUCCGGUAGCAAGGAUCACACAACGUUUUCCAGAAGGAAAAACAAGGACGCAUCCAAAGAAGGGUUACGAAAAUCUCGUGACGAUGAUAGAUGUAGCACUAGGAGUACCAAAUCGCGCCGCCCUCCUGAUUGGAGAACAACACAUCAAGACAGUGGAAGCAGAGGAGGGGAAGAAAAGGAAAACCGAAAAACAUCCUACUCUUCCCGGAGGGUACUUGUCCAGCCAAACUCGACUACAAGCUCAAGCAGCGGAGCGUCUUCAUCCAACGAGCAUAAUAAGCCUUCUCCACACAGUUCCCCGAGGAAUAAUGGUACUCCUGUUCAUCAAACACUGCCUGGCUUAAUCAAUGAGAUUAUGAGUAAAGGCAAGAGGAUGACAUAUGAAGAGCUCUGUAACGCAGUCUUGCCCCACUGGCCUCACUUGAGAAAACACAAUGGAGAGCGAUAUGCAUAUUCAAGCCAUUCACAAGCUGUUCUUGAUUGCCUGAGGAACAGGCAUGAAUGGGCUCGUCUGGUUGAUCGUGGCCCCAAGACUAACUCAGGGAAAAAGAAACGGAAGCUUGAUGCAGCAGAGGACGAGGAGUCAGAUGAGAACGAAAGCAGCAAGGGAGGAAAGAAGCAGCUGCAUCACUCUCAAGGAGAAGAGUUUCCUAAAGGGAAAAGGAAAGCAAGAAAACGAAGAAGGCUCUCUCUUCAAGGCAAGGGCAUAAAAGCGUUACUAAAGAAGCGAAAUGAACAAGUGAGCGAAGAAGACGAGGAAGGUGCGUCGUCAUCGGAUACAAGUGAAGAGAGUGUAUUCUGCGAAGAAGUAGAAGAGGCCCCCACUGCUAGUGCUAGACAAGUCUCUGCUAGUAGCUCCGAGGAAGCUGAAUCCACUUCAUGACUCCUCUCCCUAUGUAACAUAGAAGUAUAUAUAUAUAUAUAUCUAUGCAUUAUGUAGUUUUGUGUAUUUACCAAAAACUUCUCUUGUGUGGAUCAAAGGUUUUUUGAGAAUUCAGAGCAUCGCUCUUUUCUCGACCGACAAAACAAUAAACAUAUGGUUUUUAGAAGAA